UUGGUUUUGUGUUUGUAUCCGUACGAAGUUCAAAUAUAUUCGUUUGUUUGAAUUUUGACAACGGUUGUGAGGUAUGGCAGACAUACAACAAAGUAGGUUUGAAAAAUCAUUGGGUUUACUAACCACAAGAUUCGUCUCACUGUUGCAACAGGCGAGGGAUGGUGUCCUUGAUUUGAAAGUUGCAGCAGAUAUAUUGGCUGUGAGGCAGAAGAGGAGGAUAUAUGACAUCACAAAUGUUCUUGAGGGCAUUGGUCUCAUUGAGAAGAAAAGCAAGAACAGCAUUCAGUGGAAGGGUGCUGGUCCUGGCUGCAACACACAGGAAACAGCUGAACGGCUGUCAGUAUUGAAGAAAGAAAUUGCAAUGCUGGAUGAACAUGAACAGAAGCUUGACACACACAAGCAGUGGGUGCAGCAGAGUAUUAGGAACAUCACAGAUGAUGUGGAAAAUUGUCGUCUGUCGUAUGUAACUCAUGCUGACAUCUGCAGUUGUUUUGACGACACAAUGCUUGCCAUUCAGGCACCCAAUGGAUCAGAGCUUGCUGUACCGCCUGGAAAUGAUAAAGAUCCACUUGGUAAACCCGUAUAUCAAAUACACCUUAAAUCUUCUAUAGGACCUAUAUCGGUUCUUCUGGUUGACAGGAAGAUUGAGGAGCCAAACAUUAAAGAAGAAAGCAUGGACAAUGUGGAACAGGGCACCAGUGGGACAAUGACUGAAGAGCAGGUAUUGACAGAUGCCCGUGAAAAGUUAGAAGCAUACAAAGCAGCUAUGAAAGCACCACCAGAAACAUUAGCUGGUACUGCUCUUGCUUCUCGUACAACAAGAUUGCGCAGUUCACCGCAGAAGGGCACAUUGCCAACAACAAUGGCCAAAGUUCCUGUUAGGCAGGCAGCCACUACACAGGAGGAACAAGUAUCUCAGUCACCAUCAAGCCCUAAACGUCGUAGAGGUCCAGGGCGACCACCCAAACACCCAAAACUAGACCUAGACGUAGAAUUGGAUAUGGAAUUGUUGGAGCCCGAUAUCAUUCUCAGUGAUGUUGUAUCUGGUGAUGGCACUGAUGUGCCAAUGGGUUUUGAUGGAGAGUUCCUUGAAGAUCUGAUAUCAUCAGAACUUUUCGGGCCUUUUGUGAGAUUGAGUCCUCCUCCAAGCGAUAAGGACUACUGCUUCAAUCUCAGUGAUUCAGAAGGAGUUUGUGACUUGUUUGAUGUUCCAUUGAUUUCUAUGUGAAUAGUUCCUCCAUACAAGCAGUUGCAACUCCAUUAUGAAACUGUUAUUGACCGUUAUGUCACAAUGCUUAAGUGGUUUAUUGUGAAUAUAAAUUUAUAUUUAUACAUUCCUUUGUUGUGUGAAACAGUUGCAAGAAAAGUAUUCUUCUUGUACAAUAUAUUUUUUAUUUUUGCUGUUUGUGAACACUCAAAUGAUCAUGCUGUGAAGAGUUUGUUUUUAAAUUUUUGUGAAUAUUUGUGUGACAUAUACUUUUGUCAGAAGUAUGUUAUGUAUAAAGCACUGUGUGGCAGCUUGUGUAUAUUGUACAAAGUUUUAGUAUAGUUUUCUAAUAAGUAAUGUACUGAAGUAAAGCUUUAUCAAGCAACAUACCACUGAAAAGUACUCACCUUUACACCCUGUACCCUAAUUUUACACAGGUAUGUUGUCAGGCAUAACAUGAAUGAAUGUCGUGUGACAUGAAUAAAAGUGAUUUGUGACAUAUCAUUCACUAUAUUAUUUUGGCACGGAGUGGUGUGCAUGGUAGGUUUAAAACAUGUGAAACAUGCUUUUAUAAUUUUGUAACUCUCCAGUUGUCUAACAAGGAAAUGGUCCAAUCUAAUAUUUUGAAACCAAGCCUGAGAUGUUUUAUGCAGGAAGAAUGCAAUGACAGAAAUGAACUAUCAAAAUUUUAGCUACUAAGAAACACCGAAAAGAUUUCUUAAAAAUUGUUAAAGUUAUUCAUUUUUGUCGCAUGAAGAAAUGCAUAUGACAGCAGCUUGUACAGACCUUCCUGCCUCAAUCGAUAGGCCUUUACAAGAGUAUAGUGCAGCAUAUUGCUAACAUCCUAAGUGACACACGUGAAUUUGAAGCACCUAAGCCAUACAGAAAUUGUCACGUGUCAUUGUUUUGAAUAAGAGGCAGUUCGUAUCAGCGGCUAAGUGGCGUACGUAACUCUUUAAGUAGCUGACUAGCAGAGGAAAAUAAAUUUAGUCAGUGUUGGAUGUUAAAUUGCAGAUUUCCAUCACUGGGACUGUAAUUUAUUGAAAUGUUUCUCACACAUACAUCAUUUUAUAAGUUCCAGUAGCCCAGUUCUUAUAAUUUCUGUAUAACGUGUGUUUUUAGUAAUGACACAGUUCUUUGUUUAUUCCCCAUAGCCAUCAUGACAAAAUGUGAAUCUAAUGCGCCAUCAAACGUAAGGCGCACCUCAAUUUUAAAAAUUAAAAUCUUGGCUUCAUACGAUAA